AUGGAAAAUGGCAAAUUGUUUUUAACAAAUUUAGAAAAGCGAAAAGCGAUAAUCAAACAGCAAUUUGAGUUUAAGCAAACAUUGUUAUGGUCAAAUUUGAAAUUAUGGGAAGAACGCAUUCAAAAUUUUAAAGGUCGACGGAAGAAUGAACAAAUUGUAAAAAUAGAUAAAAAUAAAGAGAAAUCAGAUAAAACAAAACUUCGAAUAAUUGAGUUGAAUGAUUUAGCAUUUUAUAGAACAUUGGCAAUGAAGAAGAAGAGAAAAAACAAAGAUAAAAAUACUGUGAAAAAUUUAAAACAUCUAAAAAGUUCUGCAUUGAUUACAAAACAAAAUAAAGAAUUGAAAAAGUAUUGGGCUAAAUAUAGUAGUCAAAUACGGACGAUGGAAAAUAACAAGUUAUUGAUAGAAAAAUGUGUAGAAAACACACAAUCAUCAGUGGAAGAAGAGGAGGCGAUUGACGAAAUAGGUAUUAAUGAAGAUGAAGAUUUAGAGAUGGAAGCCGAAUCUUCAGAAAAUUGUACUUACAUUCCAACAUUGAAAUCCGUGGAUUUGAACCUCACGUUUAUACAGCGCAUUGAGAAUUUGAGGAUAAACUCCACUAAAUGCAAUCAGGAUGCAGCGUAUUGGAAUAAGACGGCACCACUUUGGAACAAAAUGACUAAGUGUCUGCAGGCCAACAUUGCCGAAGCAUCAAUGGUAUCGAAAUCUGAAUUAUCCGUUCCCAAAGUAUACUUGGAAGAAAAAACAAGACGUUACUUGUUUGAUUUGACGGAUGAUAGCCGCCCACCGUCGUUAAUGCAGCAGAUAAUGAUGAACGAUGUAGACUACUGUUUAUCAGAUGCAACGAUGUUUGAAAUGAUAGCAAAGGCCAAAUUGYUAUCGGAACCGGGUGCGUCCGCGGCUGACAUCAUAAACUUGAUCAGGMAUGUUACCGAAUACGAAGCUGACGUUAAAAAUAACAUUGAUUAUUUUGUAACCAGUCUCGCAGAGAGGGCCGUAUUUGAAUUCAUCAAAAAAAAAAUUGCCGAAAAAAUAUUUGUCGACAUGCGAAAAACCAUUGACAGGCUUCAACAUGUUAACGAGAAAGAUGUAAUUCCCGCCAAACUGAUAAAAUCUAAGAACAUGAGCGCAGUGACGUCUUUUAUUUUCGAAAUGAUCAGCAACGACAACGUCUACGGUCGAUUUGACAAACCAUUAGACGAUGAUCCACGUUACAUAGCACAGAUUUCAGAAACAGCUGAAGAUAGGUUCAAGAAAUUUUCAUGGGAAAACUAUCGAGAGACUAAAAUUUCCACGAUAAGGUUCCCAAUAAAGGGGCGUGAGGAAUUGAAUGAGAAAGUCAACAACCUAAUCCAGUUAUUUUUGGAGCACGCGCACAAAAAAACCUCACAUUUUGUUUCUACCAGCAAGGUGAACGAGUAUGAAGAGCGCGUUAAAGCGGUCUUGCCGUCCAGUGGUCCAGCCAGAGGUCAGCUAACACUCUAUUUAGUGUACAGGAUCUGCCGAAAAAUCUCGAAGCUGGUGUUCGGUAUGUUCACAACGAAAGAAAAAGUAAUACAUAACUUCCAAAUGACCGUUGAUGCGUACGUGCUGCUAGUCGCGAACCGGACAAGUCGAGUGAAUUACAACACUAAGGUCUAUAAGCGACGCAAAAGUGUCAACGUCGAUGACUUCAAUACAUUGUACCGGGAGACGUUGAAGUCAAUUCGCAAUGAAUAUUGUAUGGUAUAG